UCACGACUGCCAACCGAAUGGUACGGAGGAAAUGACGUCCCUCUGCCAUUACUAAUGGAAUGGAAUCGAGGCCAAUGCGUUGCAGGUUCCGAUUAUAAAAUCCACCGUAUUCGUUGCGAUAUAGGCUAAUUAGUUAAACAGAUACUCUUUCAUCAAUCGCAGAAUAGACAAAUCGAAUCCGAAGUCCAUCGAAAUUUAAAACAGACACUUUUUAUGUAUUAGCCCGGAAACAGUCUUGAUACGAAAUGACCCAGGCCAGUGAGACCGCAUAUGGAUACUUAGCUUUGCCCAGUCCCAAGACAGACGGUUGUGCUUAGUUCUUGGGCGCGAGGUAUAGAAAUAAAAAGAAAUUUGAUCAUUUAUAGAAAGCUUAUCUACAAGACAAAAAUGUUUGAUAGAGGCAGAACGACUCCACAGAUUACAACAGAUUCUGUUCCAAACUAUGAACCGACCGAUUGACCGAUGGAACGAUCGAUGAGAUCAUUAGCUACGUAGAAGAAAUUUAUAAAUAUCGAAAGUCUAUCAUCUGGAAUAUUAUGACUCUAUUCUCUCAAAUGUACAGUACUGGUACGAAUUGAAUUCAUCGAUCAACUUAAAGAACGACGUAGAAAAUUGGAUCUUUAUCAAUUUCAUUUUAAAUUUUCACCGAAACCAAUUUUAUAGAAAAAUGAAGCUUGCAAAGUAUUUUACAAUAUGUGUAUUGUGCGCUGUUGGCAAAUAUAAAGGAUUCUUAAUUUCUGUGAAUGCCUUCGAGUUUAAGAAUCUUAUCUAUUCACGAUAUAAGCUUAGCGGUUUUUCUAAGGCUGAAGAAAGUACAAUCUUACAGGCUAUUAAUACAGUUAGAAGAAAUCCGCCAGAUUCUUCGAACAUGAAGGAACUAGUGUGGAGGGAAGAUUUGGCAAAAAUAGCUAAGGAUUGGGGCGAUAAAUGUACCUUUGAAUCCGGUCCUAAAAGUUGUCUACAAAGUAUCAGUCAGACUAUAUAUUAUGGAAACGAACUGAUUUUUAAUGUAUUGAGACAGUGGAGUGAAGAGGUGAUUCUGUAUGAUUACGACACAAAUGUUUGCAAUGGAUCCUGUGAUAGAUACAAAACGUUAAUUUGGGCUGAAACUACUACAGUCGGUUGUUCGACAUCCAAGUGUGAAAGAAACGGUUCUGUAUCUGUUAUUAUUUGUAAUUUUUAUCCAGCGAUAGCAGAUUUAAGUCAGAGGCCAUACAAGAGAGGCAAUCCUUGUGAAGAAUGCGAGAAUAAAGAGAAAUGUCAUUCCAAAUUAUGUGUAACAAGGGAUGUCCAAGUACCAAAUGAAAUUGCUUCAUGUUCUGGAAAAUCAGGAACUAAUGGAAACGUUGGCUACAAAAUCUCAUCUUACUUUUUUCUGUUGUUAAUUAUUGAAGCGUUACAAAAUUACCCUAUUAUUGGACUUUCUUAAUGCUUAUACGUUGCUUGUAUACUGUAUUCAUGGCUAAAGAAAGUAAUACAAGCAUUCAUCAUGUCCAAGUUAAUUUCAUUUUCAGUUUUGGUCCAGCAAUGACUGAGUGGAUAGAAACACUAAACAAUGGGUGCACACAUGACCAACGAACAGGCCGAACGAACGGGGUUCUCCUGGUUUACUUUACGUCUUAAAUAAACACCAGCUCCCAUAUAAAGGCCAAAUAAAGAUUUCGUUGGUUUCUCCCAUCAAUCCAAGACGUUUUUAGUUAUAAAAAUUUUAACAAUAGUAAUUAAAAAUCAAUAUUUAGAAGUACGAGUAAAUGUUAAUCAUCAAAAUGACUGAAUAUAUUAUUUUGAAACUGGAAUUUUGGAACUAUUAUGAUUAAUAAAAUGGGUCGGACACGUUUAGUUUUAACGUGACUAAUCGAUUGCACAAUAUUGACCUAUUGUUACAAUAACUUGGAAAUUAGUACGUGAAAACCAGAGUAUAGCAAACCGGAAUUAUUUAGCCAUAGUAUUUGUCACAAAUAAUUGGAAUUUUGUUUCCUAUUUGUAGAAAUUCGAUACAAAUAAUUCAAUUAAUGGAACGUGGCGAUGAAACACUUAAGCGAUCUACCAAGAAGGAUUAUCUCCCGAAAAAACUUUUUAUGAAAAAAUGGCUCAUAUUAGAGGCCAGACACAAAGAAAACGUAGAAAAUUCUGCGACUAAUUAAUUAAUUGUUCAGUGCUUUUAUGUACUUUGACAUUGCCAUUUAUAUAACACGGCCAUUUCGCUGAUUCCAGACCUCAUCAAGAGAAGAUUGACUACUUUUGUACAAACUUUUUUGUUUCAUCUGGAAUGAAUAAAAAAUAUUAAAUAAUAUGACAGAAUUUUCAGUUAAAAUGGUUAGCUUAAUGUAAGAAUUUUGAUAUAUUAAAAAUUAAAUGUGUGACAUUACAAGGUAUAAAUUACAUUGACAUAAGUUAUAACAUAAAACACAACACAUAUACUGUAUAACAGCCGAGAAAGUUAAAAUUAAUAUCUUAAUUGUUAAUUAAACAAAUAAUAUUUACAA